UUCAACUUCAAUAGAAGUGUGCUAGGUUGUCCUUAUCAAGCAGUUUUUUUUUUGUUUUUUUUUUUGAAUAUAAGGCAAGUUUUAAAGAUGUACCCUUCGAGCAAUUACAGCCCCAAUAUUUCCAGCUCUUCCGCUUUCUUUCACAUUAAUAUUCCAUCUCCUUCUAUGCAAUACGAACCCGAAUUCAUCCAAUAUUUCCAUGAUCUUCAUUUCAUCCAACCUGAUCACGAUCAGAAUAAUCUCGAUACUAAUAUAAUGGCAGAAGAAGUUGAUUCCAACAAAUUAGAUAAGCCAGAAGAAGAUCAAUUAGUAGUUAAGGGCUGCAAGAACAAGAAGGAUGAGAGGAGCAGUACGACUACUCGUAGAAAAAACAACAAGAGAAGUGCGAGUGCUGGUGCUGGUGCUAGAACUUCGAAGAAAGAUAGACACAGUAAGAUUAAUACGGCACACGGCCCAAGAGACCGAAGAAUGAGGCUUUCACUUGAAGUCGCUCCCAAAUUCUUCAAUUUGCAAGACAUGCUCGGGUUCGAUAAGGCCAGCAAAACUGUAGAAUGGUUAUUCAAAAAGUCAGAAUCAGCCAUCAACGAUCUCGUUCAGAAAAUAAACAAAGAAAAAUGCAGCGGUACUACUCCUAAUAUUGGUGGUGCAUCGUCUCCUUCCGAGUCAUGUGAAGUUAUAUCCGGAGUAAUCGACGAAUCAGCAGCCAUUAAUAUCAAUAAUGUUAUUCAUAAGCAACAGAAGAACAAGGUUAGGUCGAUUCGUAGGACAAUAUUUCAUCCAGUUAUUGCAAAGGAGUCGAGGAAGCAAGCGAGAGCAAGGGCAAGGGAAAGAACAAAAAUAAAGAACAGCCUAAAUGAUAACAACAAUAAAGAUAUUGGUAAAUCCAUAGAUGUCAACGAUGAUUUAAAAAGAUCAUUAGGAUCUAAUUGGACUACAUUUGAAGAUCAUCAAUCAGGUAUUCAAGCUGGUUAUAAUAAUACGACCAAUAUUAUGAAUGUUGUUGAUAGCUUUAAUUUGGUGGAUACGGCCAAUUGGAGCCCAUUUAACUUCAACUAUCACCCAAUCAAUACUGAAAUUUCUCAAGAGCAUCAAUUGAUGAACUUCCAGUAUUCUGGGAAGUUAUGGGAAGGUUAAUUAGGGCAAGGAAGUUCUACUUAAGCUUGUUGAUUUAGUGCAACUCCAGAAGAAGGCUAUUUGGUCAUGUUGGUAAUGUAAAAAUGAAUUUGUCUAUUUUAUUAUUGUGUGUAUUUCAUGAAAACAACUUGUAUUUAUAA